UUGACAGGCCGAAUAACAUAUUCCUUAGCGAAGGCUAGCAAACAAAAAUAUCAACUUCAAGUCCGCUCAGAUUCUCUUGGACGGAGUUUUCUUGAGCUUGACAUUCUGUCACCUCACCUCCGAUAAAUUAUAUGUUUCAUCUUCCCAUUCAUGUUUAUUUUCCAUGCUCUAAUUCCUGCCUGCAAGACUUGAAUCCAAGCCUAGCUGCUAGCUACUCUCUGCAUCCAUGGGGGUUCAAGCUCCAACCGACCAAAACUCUUCCGUCCCCGUCUCCAGCAAUAAAUCACAGAUAGACGAGCGACCCGAGAAGCAAUCGCAGAUAGAUGAACAACUAAAGAGGCAGAAGGAAAUAGAUGAUUGGCUUCCAAUCACUUCUUCAAGGAAUGCAAAAUGGUGGUACUCAGCUUUCCACAAUGUCACUGCCAUGGUUGGAGCUGGUGUUCUCAGUCUCCCUUAUGCCAUGUCCAAUCUUGGAUGGGGUCCUGGUACUGUUAUUCUGGUACUGUCGUGGGUGAUCACCCUGUUCACUCUAUGGCAAAUGGUUGAGAUGCAUGAAAUGGUUCCCGGAAAGAGGUUUGAUAGGUACCAUGAGCUGGGUCAACAUGCCUUUGGUGAAAAGCUUGGACUUUGGAUUGUGGUGCCCCAACAGCUGAUAUGCGAGGUUGGUGUGGACAUUGUGUAUAUGGUCACAGGUGGAAAAUCCCUGCAGAAGAUCCAUAAAAUAGCUCGCAAAGACAAAGACCCAAUCAAACUCACCUACUUCAUCAUGAUCUUUGCCUCUGCUCACUUUGUGCUCGCCCAUCUCCCCAACUUUAACUCCAUCUCUGGUGUUUCAUUAGCUGCAGCAGUCAUGUCAUUAAGUUACUCUACUAUUGCAUGGACGGCUUCCGUCCACAAGGGUGUUCAGCCAGAUGUAGAAUACGGGUAUUUAGCUCACAGCACAUCGGGAACGGUCUUCAACUUCUUCACUGCCUUAGGGGACGUAGCUUUUGCCUAUGCAGGCCAUAAUGUGGUCUUGGAAAUCCAAGCAACAAUCCCUUCUUCUCCGGAGAAGCCAUCGAAGAAGCCUAUGUGGAGAGGAGUGGUGAUCGCCUAUAUAGUCGUGGCCUUAUGCUACUUUCCAGUUGCUUUCAUUGGAUAUUACAUUUUUGGCAACAAAGUUGAGGACAACAUCCUCAUCUCCUUGGAAAAACCUGAAUGGCUUAUCAUAACAGCAAACAUGUUUGUUGUCAUCCAUGUCAUUGGGAGUUAUCAGCUAUAUGCAAUGCCAGUAUUUGACAUGAUAGAAACCUUGUUGGUAAAGAAACUCCAUUUUAGACCCACUACAAUGCUUCGCUUCAUUUCCCGGAACACUUAUGUCGCAUUCACAAUGUUCGUUGGCAUUACUUUUCCCUUCUUUGGUGGUCUUCUAGGAUUCUUUGGAGGAUUUGCCUUUUCCCCAACAACAUACUUUCUCCCUUGCAUUAUGUGGCUUACCGUCAAGAAACCAAGGAAGUUUAGCCUAUCUUGGGUUGUUAACUGGAUUUGCAUUACACUGGGUGUUCUGCUGAUGAUCCUAUCACCUAUUGGAGGGUUAAGGAAUAUCAUACUUCAAGCUAAGAACUACAAAUUCUACAAUUAGUAUACAAGCUUGGCAAAUGCACAAGUAGGUUUUACCCUGAAAUUCAAUGCAUAUAGAUGCAAUGCAACCAUAUGUAACAAAUAAGUACAUGAAGACAUACGAAAAUAGUGUUGUUCAAUCUGGUUUGUAAGGAGGUGCCGACGGAGUUACUCAGAACAAAACUUAUUAUGCAGGCUCUUCUUCUCAGGGUUUAUUUUUGGGCGUUCUAUGUGUAUCUCAUGAAUGUAUUGUCAUUUAUUUUUGGUGAAGGUAUUGCCAUUUAAUUUCAGCAUCAAUGAAAUAGAUCUGUUGACUA